GACCAGCUGUUUUGGCGUCGCCGUGAUCGAUUGCUUUGGGCUGCCGCUCUUCUUUCACCCGGAAGUAGCGCUCUCUGUUUGUAGCUCGCGCUAGCUCGAGGCGUGCACGUACUGCCGCUGCCACAAAGAUGAGCGACGCACAAAACGGAGAGGUGUUUGAGGCCAUUACGGUGCACAAUUUUUCCGAGAGGAUUUUGGAGCAGGUCAUACACUUCCACGUGAUGAAGCUGAGCGGUGGGUUCUUCCUCUGGGUCGGUUCCAGUCCGGUUCUGUCCAACCUCGCGGUGUCGAUGAGCAGCAGAUACGAUUCGAUGCCAUUAUCUACAUUAGUCAUGGGAGACCCAUCCAAUACUGCUGCAAACUCUAUGGCACAGAGAUUAGCAAAGAAGACCAAAAAGCAAGUGUUUGUGAGUUACAGUCUUCCGAUGACGGACUCCAACCUCAGUCUUUCGGUGGAGCAGAGGAUAAAAAAGGAGGUGGAGCUUCACCCUGAACACUUUUGAAGCCAUUUGAUUAUUUACUCCUGUUUUGUGUAAGGCUGAGGAUAAGAUAGGGAGAGGGGCCUGAUAAAGUAGGAAGUGCAUCUUCUAUUUUGACACACAUACACCUGCAGAUACUGUAAUGGUCCUCCCAACACAAUAACCACAAAACGUCACAUCAAGUGUUCUUUUAUUGACACAAUAAAUUAAGUUGUUUAUUAUCAAAACAUGUAGGCCUAUGGCUUUUUGUACAAAUGCGUCAUAUUAAAAAAAUACCAUUAAGAAAACUGCA